GGCAUGUGUGAUCCCACCUCCUCUUUCCCGGACCCGGACAAGCCACACAAGCAGCGCCUCCAGCUGUCACUUCUGCUGGGGCUCUGGCCUUUGGCGUGCAGCGCUUCCUUUCCCCCUCUUCUCCGCCCCCCCAGCCGCGCUCUGACCGCAGGCUCUGGCUAUCUCGGUGGACUUGCGGACGGAUCCCCGACCGGGCAGGUUUCGGGACGCGGGGCGCUUUUCUGCGCAGGGGGGAGGGGAAGCGGGCUAACUUCGCCGUCCCACCUGCUCUGCGGCGGAGCGCCCGGGAGAGGAACCUCCUGCGCGAGCGCCUGCCCAGCCCCUGGCCGCGGUGGAGCCGACACUUUGAGUCGGCAGCCUUGGCUGGAGAGCGGGGGCCACAGGGCAGAGCAGAAAGUGAAAGUAACUUGUGGACGCGGAAGUCCCAUGGGAAAAGCAGAGCCCCGCGGAGCUAGCGCGUCUCCCCCAAGGAAGAUGCGGCCGGAGGGCUGGUGAGUCGGGAAACGCCCGCUCCUUCGCACAGCAGCGCCUGGCGCAGCCUGGCCCGGCGGAUUCUGCACUCCCAGAGCCUCCCCUCGGGCUCUGCACCAGCCUCGCACCAUGCACAAGCCUCUGCCACCACCAUGACCGAGAAGCCACCAGCGCAGCUCUCUCCACCUCCCCCUGCGGACAAUGUUCCAUGGUCAGAUUGGCAGCAACCUUGUGUUUCCUUUGACUUCCUCUGCAGAGUAUGGGUGCCAGUCACUUCCCAGGAUUAUCUGGUUUUUUUUAGGUCUGUCUUUGGGAUUCUGCCACUGUUCAUAGUUCUGUUGCCAGUAAAUUCAUCUACUUGUGUGAUGGAAAAUACAACUGUAAUACGUGAAAAGUACGAGAAUAUCCUAAGCCACGAUAUUGAAUUGCUGGAAAAUAUGUCUGAAGAGUAUCGUGACAGGUGCUGCAGGAAUAAAAGACAUGAAAACCCCAGUGCGUUUUUCUGCAAUGAUACUCAGGAAAUAAGGUCAUUACAGAAUAUGGCAUGUGACAUGCUUAAGUUCUUUUAUAAAAAAAAGAUCAACAAAGAUUUCAGAUGGCAAACUGCUCGGGUUUCAUGUAUGACAUUAGAAAUUCUACGUUGCAGAUGUGAUAGAGAGAGCAAAAAUAGAAAGGUUUGCAUAUUGCUUACACAACCCAGCAAAGACACACUAGGGGCACAAGACCCCAAGAAAAAAUGUUGCCAAGAAUUAUGUGAACUAAAGGAAACUAUAGCUAGUCUUAGAUCCUGCUGGAAUAAGUUUGAAAAAGAAAUUGCUAGUCCUGACGAGAAGAUCCAAUACCUUGUUCCUGGGGACAAAGCCACUGGAAACCAACAAAUUCUAAAGUUCAAGAAGUGGAAGCUAACAACACAAUUGGAAGCAAAGACAAACAGAACAGAAUGCUGUAGCCUCACCUUCACACGAUGAAAAACACUUAGACUUUGUAGCUAUCUACAAGUACUUAGUCAUGUUUUUUUCAGUAACUUUAUAUGACUUUAAGGUGAGAAGAAACUUGGGAGGUGCCUACUGUGACAAAUAAUCUUGGAAAAGGCAAAGAAAGCAAAAUGUCAAAUUAAUAUGAUGUUUUAUAUAACUCAUCAUGGAUCAAAACUAACAGUUAUGCUAGGUAAGAAUGGCUCCUGAGCCAGUUCUGCUGAUGCAAUAAUAUUUGAAGUACUGGUAUCUGAUGGGAUCUGCAAGCUGCUUUUGAGGCCAAAAAAUGGAACCAGGUCCGUGCCAGAAAAAGAUAGGGGAAUGAAUUAUUUUUACACAGCCUAGGAAGAGGUAUCAGUUUUCGAGGGAUCUAGCACAGACGCUGCUGAAGUAGCUAGAGGCAAGACAGAGUAAGGCCUGUGGAUGGGGAAAAGGGUAGCUCCUGAACAUGAGCAAGAUCGGCUGACUGGAGAAAAUAUUAGCAUUGUGGAUUUGAUAAUCACAGUUAGCUGCAGGAAUAGUUAGAAUAGCUUACAUUAAUUGUGAUGACUUUAGUGUAUAUAUUUUAUAUAGUGUAUUUAACAUAAAAAAAGACAUGACAAGGAAUGUAUGAGUAUUUUCAGAGAAUAAUAUAUUGGCAUUUUACUAAUUAUAUGUUCAUAUUUAAUUUUUGAUGAAUUUAUAAAUAUUUAUUAGUUGCUUAUACCUCACAAUUUCUUACUUAGAUAUUACUACUCCUUUUGUAACAAAAGCCACUUUUAAUAUAUCUAACAAAA